UCGUGUGUAGGACAAAGGUAUUCUGAAAAUUUUAUCCCAAAUUUGGCGCCGGCAUGUCAACGAAGAAACAGAUGACAUUUCUGUCCUUUGUUAUGGAAAAGAGACGAAAGGAAACUGCGAGCGAGAGGAGACAACAGGCAAGAGAGAAAAAAUAGUAAACGUCACUACUGUGAGUUGGAAGUUAUGGUGGAAGUAGGAAAAAAGUGACACAAAUUCAAUUUACCCAAAGAAAUUUCGCUCGCUGGUGUCCGCCUUGUGUUCCGUUGGCCAGCUGCUGGCCGCUGAUCAAAAUGUCACCACCCGGGAAUGGAAUAUUCGUCGUGCGCGGUGAAAUGUCCACCCUGACGACGGCAAUGCGCCGCGGGUCAAGGUGGAGCUUCAACACGUACCAGGAUGACGACAAGGAUGUGCUACUGAAGAGUUUUCAAGAGCUGAAAGAAGUGCUGCUCCAGGUGGAAGAUCUUCGAUUGGUUGAGCCGAACGUAUUCCUUUCUCCAUUUUUGGACGUGAUACGAUCGGAGGAAACGACGGGACCCGUCACCAGUCUGGCAUUGUCCGCCGUGAAUAAGUUUCUGUCGUAUGGUUUGAUCGACCCAACACACUCGACCCUUGCUGCCACGGUGGAAAAUAUUGCCGAUGCGGUGACGCAUGCACGAUUCGUCGGCACAGAUCAAACAUCUGAUGGGGUGGUUCUGAUGAAGAUCAUACAAGUGCUCCGUACAUUGGUGCUCAGCCCAGAGGGUAGCGCACUGUCGGAUGAAAGUAUGUGCGAUAUCAUAUUGAGUUGCUUUCGAUUGUGCUUUGAACAGCGGCUUAACGAAUUAGUGCGACGUACGGCUGAAAAUGCGCUGAAAGAUAUUGUGCUACUGCUGUUCAUGCGGUUACCGCAGUUCGUGGAAGGUGGAACGUACAACACACUGAAGACGCUGAAAAUGCGCUCGAGUUCGAUGGAUCAAUCCGGUAAACGAAGAAAGUAUAGUAAAUCAAGCAUGAAAGAAGAAGCAAAGCCUGCCACAAGUGUACCUAGCGUUACGACAGCCGUUCCGGCGGUGCCGAAGAUUGUGACUGCAUCCUGUACGGAGGAUGCAGCUAAUCAGGCAAAUUCGGCAGAAGAACCAGUCACACCAGUGAUGCUUACGGCGCCGAAUCGUCUCAGGGCACUACCACUGUCAACCACACCAGCUACGCCUGCUGGGGUUAUUGUCGAUCUGCAGGGUUCUAUUUCUCAAACGCCAAAAGCACCCGCAACAGACCCAUCAGUAACAACAGCGGGAGAUGGCAGUUCCGUCCCUGAGACCGAACCGGAAACUGUACCAUUGCAGGGUAGUGAGGAACCGGUUGCUACUGAUCCAUCAUUUGUGAAUUCGGUUGGUGUUCGUUUUACGUCACAGCAGGCAGAUGAAGAGGUUCCUACGACUGGGAACGCUUCGACGGUUUCACACGUUCCAUAUGGACUACCGUGCAUACGAGAGUUGUUUCGAUUUUUAAUUUCAUUGUGUAAUCCAAUGGACAAACAAAACGGAGAUGUAAUGAUUCACAUGGGCCUGACGCUUCUUACAGUAACGUUCGAAGUUGGUGCGGACAGCAUCGGUCGGUACGAUUCGUUGCUCACCAUUGUGAAGGACGAUCUGUGCCGCAAUCUGUUUGCACUGCUCGCUACCGAACGGAUAUCGAUAUUUGCAGCCGGGUUGCAACUUUCGUUUCUUCUGUUUGAAUCGCUUCGUGCUCAGCUAAAGUUUCAACUCGAGCAUUACCUCACCCGUGUAGCGGAUAUGAUAAUGAACGACAGCCCCAGGAUACUAUACGAGGCGCGCGAGCUAGCAAUGGAUAAUCUGCUACAGCUAUGGCGCAUUCCAGGUUUUGCUGCCGAAUUGUACAUCAACUAUGAUUGUGACCUUUACUGUUCAAAUCUUUUCGAGGACUUGACGAAACUGUUGUCGAAAAACACACUUUCGGCGACCCAAGCCAUCUAUAGCAUUCAUACACUAUCGAUGGAUGCAUUGCUGACGAUUGUAGAAUCGAUCGAACGGAAUUGUGUGCAUGCGAAAAAUGGACAGAAACCGAAAUACAUGCGACAUUCGAGAAAUAAUUCCUAUGCGACGGCAAAGAUCGUGUUGGAUGCGUCAACGACCGGUACACCGUCCGUACGAGAAAACGAAGGGCAAAUAACGUUGGAAUUGGAGGCUGAAUCCGAAGAUGCAGGAGGCAAUGCAGAACCGGCAGUAGUGGUGGAGAAUAUUAGCAAAUUUUUGCACUCUAGUCAAAGUGAUCGUUUAAGUCGGGAAGCGAUUGCUAGUGGUGCAUCCGGUGGAGAUGAGGCUGCCACCGAAGGCACAACACUCCCUGCCGAGUCCCCGCAGAAGCUAUCGCACGAAGAGCUGGCCGCAAUCAAGCGCAAGAAGCGCCUACUGACGCAGGGAACGGAUUUGUUUAACCAGCGUCCAGAAAAGGGCAUCCAAUUUCUGCAGGAAAACGGGCUGCUUAAUUCAGUGCUCGAUCCACAGGAAGUGGCACAGUAUUUGCGAGCAAACUCUGGUCUCGACAAGAAGAUGAUUGGGGAGUACAUUAGCAAAAAGAAGAAUGUCGAAAGCCGCAUCUUGGAGGUGUUUGUGAAAUCGUUUGAUUUUGCCGGUUUAACUAUCGAUCAGGCGCUUCGGUUGUAUUUGGAAACGUUCCGAUUGCCUGGGGAAGCACCGCUGAUUUCACUCGUGAUGGAACAUUUCGCCGACCAUUGGCAUGAAUGCAAUAAUGAACCGUUCGCCAACACGGACGCUGCGUUCCGUCUGGCGUAUGCAGUGAUCAUGCUGAACAUGGAUCAACAUAAUCACAAUGCGAAGCGAUUAAACGUUCCGAUGACAGUGGAUGAUUUCCUACGCAACUUGCGUGGUUUGAACGGGAACUCGGACUUUGAUCAGGAAAUGCUUACUAAAAUUUACCAUUCGAUAAGAAAUGAAGAAAUCGUUAUGCCCGCGGAACAGACGGGACUGGUGCGUGAGAACUAUCUCUGGAAGGUGCUGUUACGCCGUGGCGCCACAAAAGACGGCAUCUUUCAUCAUGUGUUUGGGCCACAACACGAUCGUGAGCUGUAUCGCGUUAUACAGGGGUCAACACUGGCCGCCCUCAGCUUCGUUUUCGAUAAAUCGCUAGACAAUGUGUCACUCUACCAGAAGGCAACGGGAGGUUUCAUGAAAUCGGCCGCCAUUGCAGCUCAUUUCCAGCUGCACGGUGACUUUGACGCAUUGAUUUUAACGCUGUGCAAAUUUACGACACUCCUAACGCCACCGCCGAACGAUUCGAAUGAAAUAACGGCCAGUGUUAUGUUCGGCCAGAACGUGAAAGCGCAGUUAGCGAUGCGCACCGUGUUUGGGCUGAUACACGAACACGGUGAUUGUAUGCGCGAAGGUUGGCGACACACGAUGGAUGUGCUGUUACAGCUGUUCAAACUGAAGCUACUGCCGAAGGCACUGAUGGAAGCGGAAGAUUUUUGUGAAGCAAAUGGUAAGGUAACGUUGCUGCGUGAACCAAAUCCACUGCCGAAGACGGAGGCGGGACUGUUCAGUUCGCUGUACUCGUAUCUGGCGAACGAUGGUCAGCGGCAGCCUUCGUACGAGGAGCAGGAAGUGAUCAAACUGUCACGAAAGUGUAUACGCGACUGCCAAAUCGAGCAGAUCGUGAACGAGUCCAAGUUUCUGCAGCUAGAAUCGCUCGAGGAACUAAUUGGGUGUUUGCUGGCGAUGAUCGUACCGCCAGACGCCCACAAAUCUACUGCACCGCCGUACGGUGAGUGUACGGUCGUGUUUCUGCUCGAGCUGCUGGUGAAGGUGUUGAUACAGAAUCGCGAUCGGUUGCUACCGGUUUGGUCUCGAGUGCAGGAAAAACUGUACACAUUGUUGGUGGGUGCUUCAACGAAUGAGUACACCUAUCUGCUGCAGCGUACGACGGUCGCACUGCUCAAGCUGGCCAUUUAUCUGAUGCGCAACGAGGAAAUCUGCUCCACUAUUCUGCAGAGCUUUCGAAUGCUGUUGGCUCUGCGUCCAGCGGUCAUACUGGCCAUCUCGAAACCCAUCUCGAUCGGUAUGUACGAGCUGCUGAAAACAAGUGCCCAGAACAUCCACACCGAAGCAGACUGGGUGAUCGUGUUCACGGUGCUGGAAUGUGUCGGAGCAGGCGCAAUGCCACCGGAUUAUGCCGUCGAUCAGGUAGCGAUCAGUGGUGCCAAAUCGGAUGGAGCGAUGAGUAGCGAAGAAGAUUCGGGUCUGCCCGAUCGUGGGUAUAUUUCCGAUUCCGAACUGAGCACUGCCACAAUGCCUUUGGUAAAGACGGCCGCCCCAGCUCCAUCUCCGGUACCGCUUCCUAGCAGCCCAACCACUGGCGAUGCGUGGAUAAUGGUUAACAAGGAUGCGAUCGAUCUGGUUCCGGCAGGAUCCGGUGGGCACUCUCCGGCUACCUCUAUUCAGCAUUCGAUUCAGUACCACUGCAAGCUACUUGAACACUCCGCGUUCGCGUUAGUGAAAUGUUGGGAAAGUUUGGCGUUCAUCGUGCGUAACGUGGCGCACAUCACGCCUUACAACUUUGAGAGUUGUGUCCGCUGCAUACGCACCUUUGUGGAAGCUUCUAUGAGCCAACCGUAUCACCCACAGCAACGCGAUUAUCAAACGAACAAAAAGAAACCCGGAUCGGGCAAGGAUCGUCAGCGGAAGCGGGAAGGAGCUUCUCACCAAGGUGCAGGCAUGUCCUCAUCCUCAUCCUCGUCGCUCGCAAUGGAUAGCAGCGAUAGUGAAUCGGAGGAGUUGCCCGAGCGUUAUCAAUCAAUAUCAAUCCAGCUGCUCGAUCUGAUGCAUACGCUGCACACGCGCACGGCACAGAUCUUUCGCUGGUGGGCCGAAGAAGGUGGUGCUGUGCCACAGUGUUCUUCUCUGUGGUCCCAGGGGUGGUGUCCGUUGCUCCAAGGCAUUGCACGACUUGCAACUGACCAUCGGCGCCAGGUUCGCACCAGCGCUAUCACAUGCCUACAGCGCGCAUUACUUGUCCAGGAUCUUCAGACCCUAACCGGAUUGGAAUGGGCUGGUUGUUUCAAGCAGGUCCUGUUCCCUUUGCUACAGGAGCUGUUGCAGGAAAAAGCUACCGGCCCGGUGGAGGUGUCCCUGCUUGAGGAAUCCCGCAUACGAACGGCAACGAUUAUGUCCAAAGUGUUUCUCCACCAUUUGACACCGUUGAUCGCAUUGCCUAAUUUUCAGGAGCUAUGGCUCGAGAUACUGGACUAUUUCGAACGGUUCAUGACGGCUGGUUCGGAUAUGUUGUAUGAGGCGGUGUUGGAAAGCCUCAAGAAUAUGCUACUCGUUAUGCAUUCGGUUUGUGUGUUUCACAACACUGAUGGUGUUACGCAUUCUAUGCUGUGGGAUGUCACUUGGCAGCGAAUAUCCGGUUUUCUGCCCAAUCUCAAGGAUGAGCUGUUCAAGCACGAAGCCGUCCGUUCAUCGGUUAGUAUUAGUGGUGGUAGCGCGGGAACUGGAAACGCAGGCUCCGGAAUAUCUCAUAGUAGCCCGAUGGUUCCACCGUCACUUGCCGGAGAGCAACAGCACAUUUUAGAAGGUGGUCAGAUAAAUAACAGCUCAGUCGUUACCGACAGCAUUCAUCCGCGUGUUGUACUACAUCCAGUACCCGCAGUGUCGGUUUCUUCAGCCUCGGUGCUAUCGUCUUCACCUCCGGAUUCAUUUGUACAGCAACCCCAACCAGCUGCCAGUCAUCCGGUCUCAACGGUUGAAGUGCAUCGUUCUCCUGUACACCGAGUGGCUCCUAACAAUCUGCUAAUGAACAGCACGGCAACGAGUGAUUUUAAUGCACUUCCACUGAUGCUGCCACGUGUUACAACGUUACCGCCACCGUCAGAAUCGGUGCUUGCUGGACAGGAAGAUACAAUGAACGUAAUGCUUUCAUCUCCUGCGAAGGAUGCCAUAUCACAGCAACAUCAAGCAUUGGCACCGGUUCAGACGGUUCCUUCGAUAGUUGCACCAGUUGCUUCGAACAUUAUUGAACUCCCGGGGUUCCCGGUACCUCGUACACAACAUUUGCCAACGAGUGCGCUGGACGAUAGAAAGAACGAUACGGAACACGAGUCUGCGAUAUCCGGCACCACAACGAUCCCCGAUGUAGAAACUGGAAAUGUUCCAUUGAGUCAUCGUUUAGCGGGCUCACAGUAUCCAUCGCUACAGCACGUACCCAUCGGUAUUGCCCAAAGUUUUGCUCCGAUCUUCGUACAACCAAAUCCAAUUCCAGCGGAAGCAUCCGAUAUCUAUUCGGAUUACAUCAACGAUCCCUAUAAUCUGACACUGCAAAUCGACAACGGAACUGGUAGCGUCCCAAGCGUUACCGGUGCUACAACGGUAGCUCCUGAUUCGGACACACUAGCAAGAUCAAUAGAGGAAGCAAAACCCAACCCGACGGCGGUCACAACGACAAUGACGGCAUCAGCGACGUCGUCUGCCCAGAUGGCGAAUGUAUUUCAAUCGGCGCAAUAUUUUAGUUUCCCGGCCAGUGGCCGUAUACCACCUGGGUCGGAGAUGCUUUUCGGAGAACCGUAAACCCUAAGCAUCGAAACCAUUGGAAUGCGUUCUUUUUCAUAUCGAACAUUCCUACCAUUCGCUUUUUUCGUGUUUCCUGUUCGUUUGUGCCUGGAAUGGUAUCUUUUAGCAAAUUUAUUCUACUCCCACCGGAGUUGUAUUGUUUAGUUGGCACGUCUACAGAACGAGUGAGACACACACACCGUGUACCUUCAGCACGGUCUAAUUCCGACUUGGAAGGAUAAGGAAUGCAUAUUUUAAGUACGCACUAUAUUACUCCUAUCUUCGAACAGAGCUGCAGUGAUUCAAACGGUAGCCAAGAUAUUUAUUGGUGUCAAAUCAGGAAAAUCCUCUUCCGUUCUGUUGCAAUUAGCUUAGCGGCGUAUUGUUUAUAACGCUCGACCACGAACGUUCUAGGGAAAGGUUGUAAAGGCUAACGAUUGUUGUUCAAUUUUAAUUCCACUGUUUGUGUUUAUUUAGGUUUAUUGCCAAUCUACUGUCCGUUUCCAUUUUUAAUGCAUAUAGUAAACAAAGCACCGCUACUUGCAUUGUAUCCCGGGCAUGGGUAUAGAAAGUAGUAUUAUUUAACCACAACGGUACUUGUUUUUAUCAGUUUAUCACACAGCAAUUUAUAUCCUCCUUUGGGACACAUAUGCACUGUAAUUGUGGAUUUUUGGCCAAACGAUUCACGUGGCAUGCCGCGAUGAUGCAGACAGAGCCACAGGCAUUCACGUCCCUUACACAUUGUACGAUGUUCAAUAGCGAAAUGAGGUCAAAGUUUAAGAAAUAAAUAUAUUACAAAUAUC